AUGAUAAAAACUAUUUAUAAAUAUGUAAUAUUAAUAAUUAUUUUAUUAUUAUCAAUUUCGUCAAUUGGUAAUGGUAUAAUAAAUACUUCAAAAUAUAAUGGAUAUGCACUUAUUGGUUCAAAUCCAAAUAGUAAAAUGGCAUUUGCAACAUUAUUAGCUAAAAAAAAUAAAACAUUACCAUUCUCAUUUAACAAUAAAUAUGAAGUUUCUCAACUGUUUAAUGAACCAAGUAAAACAUUUGGUAGUUGUACAGGAUUAGGGAGAGCCUCAUUAGGUAGUGAUAGUAAUAUAACGAUUGGUGCAAUUGGUGAUGAAUCUGAAAAUGGUUCAAUCUAUGUAUAUAAUAUUGAUGAUUGUGUUGAAAAUAAUUCAGAAAAUUCAACAAAAUGUGAUUAUAUUUUUAUUCAAGAAGGUGUUGAUGAAAAGGAUAAUUUCGAAUGUUCAAUUGGUUCUCAAAUUGCUAUUGGCCCAAAUUUUAUUGUAUCAAGUUGUAAUAAUAAUUUAUUAUCAUCAAAAAAGAAAUCUUCACCAAUUUCAGUUUGUAUUUUAGAUUUAAAUAAAAAUAAAAAUAAUUGUUCAAAUGUAUUAUAUUUAGAAAAACCAGUUUGGAAGCCAUGUAUAGGUGGUAAAGGUCAAAUGUACACAACUGCAUUGGAUGUUUAUGAAAAUAAAAUUGCUAUAGGUCUUUGUGGUAUUUGCAUGUCACCAAAUAAAUCUCAAAUUCAAAUUGAAUAUAAUAGUGCAUUUGUAUUAAUUGAAGUUGUUAAUAAUACUUUACUUACUGAUUAUAAAGCUCAAACAACUUUAAGAACUGAAUCAUGCCCAUCUACAAUGACAUUUAAUGAUGAAUGGGUAAUAAUUGGAUAUUCUGAAGAGGAAGUAGUUGAUAUGUAUUAUAAAAAUUAUGAACCAAAUGGUUCAAGUUCAAGUAGUAGUAGUUCAAGUUCAAGUUCAAGUAGUAGUUCAAAUUCAAAUGAUAGUGAUAGUAGUAAUAAUUUAUUAAAUAAAGUUAAUAGUAGUAAUGAUAAUAAUAAUAAUAAUAAUAAUAAUAAUAAUAAUUGUUUAUUUUGUUUUUCAAAUAAAAUUAAAGAAAUUACAAAUGCAACAGAAUUUAGAUUAUUUGAUUCAAUUUCAGAGAAUAUUGCAACUGGAUAUGGUGUUGAUAUUUCAAUAAGUAAGAGUAUGUUAAUUGUAUCAUCAACUGGUGAUCCAACAUUGAAUAUUACUGGUAAUGUAUUUUUCUAUGAUAUAUUUACUGAUAAUUCUAGUUUUCCAGUUAGGAGUGGAUCAAAAGCAAUGGUACCAAAUUUAAAUUAUAUAACAACUUUUGAUUAUCAAUAUGGUAUAAGUUAUUUUGGUACAGAGAUAUUGGUGAUUUCACAAGAUCCAACAUUAAAGAAAAUGGGAUUUAAUUUCUAUAGUGUUUGUCCAGCUGGUGCAGAAUGGUCAUCAAUCUAUUAUAAAUGUUUAAUUUGUGAUGCUGGUCAAUUUAAAACUGUAUCCAGUAUUCAUAUUGAUAAUUCCUCAUUUGAAUUAUGUGGUUUAUGUCCUGGUGGAUAUUAUACCACUGAUAAAGUGUUUGGAUUAUCGUCAAUUUCAGAAUGUUCAAAUUUUGGUAAUAAUAAAUGUGGUAAAGGUGAAUUUUGUCCAGACGGCUCUGUAUACCCUUUGGUGGACAUACCAGUCGAAACUGAAUCUCAAACCAAUCCAGACUUGGAUGAAUCUGAACAAUUGGAUUUCGAAUCUACAUUUUAUAAUUCAUGUUAUCCUUAUUUCUUAAUUAUUAUGGGUGGUAUGAUAGUAUUAACAUUGGGUCUUUGUUUACCAUGGCCACGUAAUCAUCAAACCAAACAAAAGAAAGUAAUUGACAUAUUAUUGAAAAUUAAUUUCUAUGAUUGGGAUGGUGAAGAAAUGACAGAGGAAAUAGACUACUUUGAACCAAAUUCAAAUGAACAUCGUAUUUCAAUCUCAUCAAGUAGAGAUUCAAUGAAACGUCGUGUAUUCGUUAGAAAGAGAACCGCUGUCAAACCUGUAAAAGCUGUUGAAGCAUUUUGUACCUAUUACUUUUUAGUUGUAUUAAUUCUAAUGAUUAUCUUUAUCAUUCAAUUUCAAAGAAUUAAUUCCGAUAUUUCAACUGAAUUAAGAUCACUUGGUCAAGCUUCAACUCAAUUAACUCCUGGUCAAAUUUAUUCUGAUGCUGAAUAUCUUAAAUUUGUUGAUUCAAGUUCAAUUAUAAUAACUUUAGAUUUAUAUGGAUUUAAUGGUAUUUGUUCAAAAGAUGAAUUAAAACUUACAACAAAUGGAUGUCAAAAUAAAAAUUAUAUGGGUAAUUGUAAAGUUGAAACUGAAUUUGAAGUUAUUGAUUAUAUACCAACCAAUUCAACAAAUUUAACACCUUUAAGUAAUCAAUCAUGUAGAAUUACUGCAAAUAUUGAAUAUGGUGCAGUCUAUAGUGAUACAACUGAUUUCUUUUUUGAUAUUACACCUGAGGAUACUUAUUUCUAUACUCAAAGAAUCAUUUAUAAUAUUAGUACGAAUAAUAAUAAAAGUUCAAUCAAUAUUGGUAAUUCCUAUGUAACCGGUGUAAUUCAACCAUUGGAAGGUACAAUUCUACGUCCAGGUGCAACAGUUUCAAUAUUAUCUAUGAUGACUAUGAUUUCAGAUUGUAAGAUAAAGUCAAACGAUAAUGGGUUAUCUUUGAUUAGACCUAUGAUUGAAAGAUGUGUUUAUGAUUCACAAUCGUAUAAAGAGUUUAGUUUUAAUUCAAAUAGUACAACUUAUUUAAUGGCUUCAGAGUAUCAUAGUGUUUCUCCAACUUUUCAAUUCAAUAUACAUUUUGAGAAAUCUGUAUUCUAUCAUUAUGUAAUGAAUAGUCAUUCAACCUCUUUUGGUCAAAUUAUCACUGUUAUUCUCUUUGCCAUUUUAGAUGUAUUUUGGGUAAUUGAAGUAUUUGUGCCUGCAAUUCAAGCUUUAGUUGGUUCCAUUGAAGAUCAUUUAAAAAAGAAACAAGAACUUCAAUCUGGUGAAUAUUCUGCUUUUUCAAAUGAAUUGGAAGGUUUAAUUAAAAAAAAUGAAUCUAAAAAAGAUCAUUUAAUAUCAAAAAUGAAAUAUGGUGGUGUUAGUAAAUAA